UCUUUCUUCUUUUAUAGAGACAAAAUGGGAACAGCUUCUUGCUUCUAAGAUCCCUUUUUAACUCCGAACCAGACUCACUCCUCCUGAAAUCUUCCUCUUAUCCUUCACCCUCUAAUCUCGAUUCCCUGCUUAACCUACGCACCUUCUUUCUCUCUCUCUGUUCUAUCUCAGAGGCUUUGGCCUCUAGGGUUAGGGUUUGUUUUGAUUCUUCUUCUUCUUCUUCUCUGAAUCAGAGACGGAGGAAUCACAAUGGGGAGGGGAGGUUCGCUGAGCGAGAGCGUUUUGAAGAAGAUCCUGCUCUCGUACAUGUACGUUGGCAUAUGGAUCUUCCUGAGCUUCACUGUGAUCGUUUACAAUAAGUACAUCCUCGACAAGAAGAUGUAUAACUGGCCAUUCCCAAUUUCUCUCACCAUGAUCCACAUGAGUUUCUGUUCCUCUCUGGCUUUCCUUCUCGUUCGUGUCUUGAAGCUCGUGGAACCGGUCUCCAUGACUCGAGAUCUCUACCUUUCUUCAGUCGUCCCCAUCGGAGCUCUCUACUCGCUUAGCCUCUGGUUUUCUAACUCUGCCUACAUCUACCUUUCUGUGUCGUUUAUUCAGAUGCUUAAGGCAUUGAUGCCCGUCGCCGUAUACUCCAUCGGCGUUUUCUUUAAGAAGGAGACAUUCAAGACUGAAUCUAUGGUGAAUAUGCUUUCUAUCUCCUUCGGUGUUGCCAUUGCUGCCUAUGGCGAGGCACGAUUCGACAGUUGGGGUGUCAUUCUCCAGCUUGCUGCUGUUGCCUUCGAGGCUACCCGUCUCGUCAUGAUCCAGAUCUUGCUCACAUCCAAGGGCAUCACCUUCAACCCCAUUACGUCCCUAUACUAUGUUGCUCCCUGUUGCCUUGUCUUCCUCUUUGUCCCAUGGUUGCUCGUCGAGUUCCCUGUUCUCAAGCAGACCUCUAGCUUCCACUUCGAUUGGGCCAUCUUCGGCACCAAUUCCUUCUGCGCCUUCGCCUUGAAUCUGGCCGUGUUCUUGCUUGUCGGCAAGACUUCCGCGCUGACGAUGAAUGUCGCUGGUGUCGUCAAAGAUUGGCUUUUGAUUGCUUUCUCGUGGUCGGUCAUCAGGGAUACGGUCACUCCGAUCAAUCUGAUCGGCUACGCGCUCGCAUUCUUGGGCGUUGCCUACUAUAACCACUCGAAGCUGCAGGCGCUCAAGGCUAAGGAAGCUCAGAAGAAGGUUACUCAGGCAGAUGAGGAGUCUGGAAGGCUUUUGGAAAAUAGAGAAGGGGAGGGUCAGGCAAGGAAGUCCGAUUCGCAGGAUUGAUCUUGAUUCAAUUGUUGAUUAUUAUUCAGAUCAGAUAAAUUUGAUUAGCCAAAAAAUGAAGAAGAAAAGUAUAAAAGAAGAGAAAGGAAAGAUUCAAUAUUUGGAAGUGGGAAGCUCGGAUGAAACAGGUUCUCUUUGUCCGCCUGGUUUUGGAGGUGGGUAAUCGUUCUGGCUAUGCUUUUUUUUCUCUUUUAGAUAUUCGUUCUCAUGUUAGUAGUUCAUGGUUGUUGCAUUGUGAUACUGGGGAUCCGAGAUCUAGGCGCUUCGUUUGACAUUUUUCUGUAUGUGAGUAGAAGAAGAAUCUCGGAAAUCCUCUGUAUUUUUUCUUUUCUUUUGUUGGUCUUCUAAAUUCAUCACUCUUCCGUAGGUACUGUUCGUCUCCUUUGAGGGAGAUUUAAAUGCUUAUUUAUUUAGCUGCA